CUUCCCUUCACCUGAUCGUCAUUACAUCCUUACUCUUUCUCGAUCUAUAAGCGACAUCGUCAAAUGUAUACGAGAACCUUAUUGCAGCACUUGUCAAGGCAGUGGAAUGGCCAUCUAUUCCAUUCAACUGCUUCAAUAAAUUUCAAGAAUACGUCCCAAAGGCGUCUGUCUCGUGUCUCAGUAAAUAGCCUAAAAAGAGAAUAUGGACAGUUCAAUACAGUAAUCAACACAGGGGAAUCCUGGAUAUUGAAACCUGAGGCACGUCUUGGAGAGCUGGAGCGUCAAGGCAUUAAACCUUAUCCCAGAUACCAGUCGCCAAGAACACCUAUUAUUCCUGUGAAGGAGGUCAUUGCUAAAUAUCAGGAUAAAAUUGAAGUUGGUACAAAAGACAAAUCCAAGAAGAUCUCAAUAAACGGUCGUAUUUACUCAAAGCGCGACUCAAGCUCAAAACUGAUUUGGUUUGAUCUGAUACAAGAUAAUCAGUCGAUCCAAGCCGUCUUCAAUCGUAGAAACUAUCUAGGAAAUGAUCAGGAAUUCGAGAAAGCUGCCAAAAACUUUCAACGUGGAGAUAUUGUUCAGCUAACAGGACAUAUAGGAAAGACAAAAACUGGAGAAUUGAGUGUAUUCAUUACAGAAUCCUUUGAGCUCCUCUCACCAUGUCUCCACGCAAUUCCAAUGCGAUCAGGGCUCAAGGACCCUGAAAAGAGGUUUAGGAAUAGACAUUUGGACUUUUUGGUCAAUCGUGAUGCUCUUGAGAUUUUAAAAAAGAGGCGUGAUGUUAUCAAAUUUAUUAGAGAGUAUCUGGAUAGCCGCAAUUUUCUGGAGGUGGAGACGCCCAUUCUAUCCACCCAGGCGGGUGGGGCAAAUGCAAAACCAUUUACCACGCGUGCUAAUGCUUUGGACAUGGAGAUGCAAAUGCGUGUCGCUCCAGAGUUAUAUCUUAAGCAACUUGUUAUUGGGGGCGUGGACCGCGUGUAUGAGUUAGGAAAGCAAUUCCGUAACGAAGGCAUAGAUGCCGACCACAAUCCAGAAUUUACGACCUGCGAGUUUUAUCAAGCAUACGCAAAUUUAGAGGACCUAUUUGAGAUGACAGAGGACAUGCUUCAAGAGAUGGCAAAAACAAUUACUGGGUCAACAACUAUAAGUACAAAUGUCUUGAGUACACCUAUAGAGCUUUCAUUCGAGAAACCUUUUCGAAGAAUCAACAUCAUGGAGUUUUUGGAGCAAAAACUCGGUGCGCCUUUACCGGACCUUGAAAAGGAACCUAUUGCAGAACUUCUUGAACUCUGUAAAGAACACAACCUAUUUGUGCCAGCGCCGCACACUAUCCCUAGAAUUAUGGAUAAACUAAUAUCAUUCUUUAUUGAGCCUGAGUGCGUUCAGCCUACGUUCUUAUGGGGACAUCCCAUCAUUAUGAGCCCUUUGGCAAAGGAUAUUCAGUUGGACUCGGGUCGAAGCGUUGCAGGUCGCUUCGAGCUCUUCGUAGCUGGCAAGGAGAUUGUUAAUGCAUAUGAAGAGUUGAAUAACCCAGUACAGCAACGAGACAGAUUUGUAAAACAGCAACGCGAUAAGGAGAAUGGUGAUGAAGAAGCUCAGCCGAUGGAUCUGGCGUUUUGUGGUGCACUUGAAUACGGGUUGCCCCCAACGGCCGGAUGGGGUAUGGGCGUGGAUCGUGUCUGUCAGAUCCUCACAGGCUCCCAACAUAUCCGCGAUGUGCUUGCCUUCCCAACCAUGCGUACCCGCAACGCCACCACAUCCACAACGGAUAUAGUUUCAAACAAAUAA